GUUGGUAAAAAGUUUAAGCUCGUCUCCCGCUCUUUGUAGACCAUGGUGAUGGACAGGGACAAGUUAGAGAUGGUUAUCACACAUUUUCAGUGUUAAACUACGGUGAAGAAUUGACCACUUUAAUGCGUAACAUCGUUACCAUGGUUACUCUCGACUCCUCGCUAGGCACGUGCACGAGGGUUCCUCACAAGAAGCGAUGUUCGCCGUGCGCGUGAGGACUUUGAGGAGAUCGUGAUGGAGAUUGACGGAGCUCUAAGGCAUUUAAGGUGGACCGAAACAGUUAUUUCCAUCCCUCAUUUCACAGACACAGACAGGCCAUGGCUUUGUCCUUCCAACAUUCCGUCAGAAACGGAUUUAGAGGUCACCCCAACCCUGAGUCCAGCUCCUGUAUCAGAGGCAGAUCAUGUCCUGGUGGAGAGAAGUGAAGCAGAAAGAGAUGAUUCACAAACUCAUUUACCCAGAACCACAGUCAGAGAGGAGGAGGAGGAGCAGAAACGGAUCACUAGUGGGGGUGCAGGUAGAGCGAUGAAGAGCAUGUCAUCAUCCACUGUCUGGAGCAGUGUGGAGCUAGGUGCCAACUCCCAUGAGGGUCCCCGGCUGUACCACCUGGCUCAGGAUGUGCCCCGUACCCCACAGGCCCUGCGUCUCCAUAGAAACACCCUGACCAUGGAGCUGGUCUGGCUCCAGCAGGCCAUUGACAGCAGAAAAAAGUAUUUAUCCCUGAAGAACAGACUGAGUGCAUCCUGAUGGUGUGUCUAAUAUCUCUAAAGAACGUGAAAACAUGCAGCUCACCUGGAAAUAUUUCAUUUUCAAAACUAUUUAUGAUGUAACAUAUAAAAGUGUGCACAUAAAAUGUUAUUGUAUUACUUUUCUAAUGUAAAAAUGAAUAAAUAUUAUUUUCCACUGUC